CCGGGAUCAUAUAUUGCGCCGUUACACGGAGCCUUCCCAGUCGUAAGCCGACUGGGAAUACGGCCAUGGAAGGCACAUGGAAACCGCAUCGAAGCCGGGCCAUGACGUAGUCGGACGAAGUCGCAAAAACCGGCUGGAUACACACGAAACACCGCUUAUUGCAAUAUAUUCCCGCCUGCCCUCCAUCGCGCCCGCAUCGUUUCCCCCCCUCCCAUCCCAUCCUUCCAUCCAUCCAUCCUUUCGCCACUCCAAUCCACCGAACCGAACAUACCGGUAUCCAGCCACCGCCGCCUCCGACAAGAGAAAAAACACAAUGUCCGACCGCGAAGAACCCCCCAGCUCGCAUUCGCGCCCCACCUCGCCCGCCUCGGGCGCCUCGAAUGCCUCGGGGGCAGCAGGCGACCAUCCCAACCGCCCGCCCUCACCCGAGCACACAGCGCGGCCGCCGUCGCCCACGCGCUCUCCGUCGCCCGAGCGCUCGCCUUCCCCCGUGCCCGACCGCGAGGAGGCCCCCGAGCCGCCGAAGCCGCAACCUCAGCAGCGGAAGCCGCGACAGCCCGCCGACGACGAGGUGGACCGCGCGGCGCGCGGGGAGCAGCAGGUUGCUAGGCCGCAGAGGCGGCAGCAAAGGGAACAACGGGAACGGCAACAGAGACCGCAGCGGCGGCAGCAGCAGCAGCAGAUGCAGGCUCCGAUGCAGCAGCAGCAACAGCAACAGCCGCAGCAACAGGAGAAGGAGGGCCGCAGUGAUCCUAUCUCCCUCAGGCUCGAUAUCAACCUCGAGAUUGAGGUGACGCUUAAGGCCAGGAUUCAUGGUGAUUUGACGCUGGCGCUGUUGCAGUAAUUUCGAGCCGUUGAAACCGUUAGCGAAUAAUAUUCUUCUUUGUCUCCUUUCGUUUCAUUGGGUUGGUUUUAGCGAUUUCCUU